CAGAACGGCUAAAAGAGACUCUCAGGCAGCUGUUCCUACAAUAAUUCCCCUGUCUGUGUGUCUCUCUGGGCUUCUUUCCCCUGUAACAGAUACAAGAAUACCAUACUUUAGCCUCAAUUGAAGCAACAGAGGUUUAAAUGCUUUCAGCUCAACCACUGUAUUCAGAUACUGCUGGAACAGCAGAGCAUUCAAGCUCAGACAACCGCGAAUUGAAAACCCAAGCCUACAAAAAAGGGAGAGCGAAAGACAGAAGGAAAGAAAGAAAGCAGGAAACCCAACGUCAACAAUCCCAUAACUCGCUCCAGCUCAUUCAUUUUUCUUCUCCCUGCAGCGCUGGGGAAGGGGUCGUGUGGCGUGGUCUCAAAGACUCUCCUACUCUCCAUUGCUGCGUCUUGAGGACAUGGCGCUGAGCAUCCCAGGAACUGUUCCUCUCUGUACCAUUAGCCUUGGAAUUCUGCUCAUGGCAUAUGCUCUCCCUGCUGAAGCUGGGCUUUCUCAGAAGCAUGGUCCAGAUAUUGUUGAUGACAGCAAGGACAAUAUCACCAUCUUCACACGCAUUCUGGACCGGCUGUUGGAUGGGUAUGACAAUCGGCUGAGACCUGGACUAGGAGACAGCGUAACUGAAGUCAAGACAGACAUUUAUGUGACGAGUUUCGGCCCUGUCUCAGACACAGACAUGGAAUACACCAUUGAUGUCUUUUUCCGGCAGUCCUGGAGAGACGAGCGGCUUAAGUUUGAUGGCCCCAUGAAGGUCCUUCCCCUUAACAACCUGCUGGCCAGUAAGAUCUGGACUCCUGACACCUUCUUUCACAAUGGCAAGAAAUCAGUGGCCCACAACAUGACCACACCCAACAAGCUGCUGCGCCUGGUGGACAAUGGCACCCUUCUGUACACCAUGAGGUUAACCAUUCACGCUGAAUGUCCCAUGCACCUGGAGGACUUCCCAAUGGACGUGCAUGCCUGCCCGCUGAAAUUUGGGAGCUAUGCCUACACAAAGACAGAGGUGAUCUACUCCUGGACGCUGGGGAAGGAUAAAUCAGUGGAAGUAGCCAAAGGUGGAUCUCGCCUGAAUCAGUAUGACCUCCUGGGCCAUGUGGUUGGAACAGAGACAGUCCGAUCCAGUACAGGGGAAUAUGUCGUCAUGACCACGCACUUUCACCUCAAGCGGAAGAUUGGGUACUUUGUGAUCCAGACGUACCUGCCCUGCAUUAUGACAGUCAUCCUAUCACAGGUUUCCUUCUGGCUUAACAGGGAGUCUGUUCCCGCCCGGACUGUAUUCGGUGUCACCACCGUUCUCACCAUGACCACACUGAGCAUCAGCGCCAGAAACUCCUUACCAAAAGUGGCGUACGCGACGGCCAUGGAUUGGUUCAUAGCCGUCUGUUACGCCUUUGUGUUUUCUGCGCUGAUCGAGUUUGCCACGGUCAACUACUUCACUAAGCGGAGCUGGGCCUGGGAUGGCAAGAAGGUGCUGGAGGCCCAGGAGAUGAAGAAAAAAGAGCCGGUGGCACUGGCCAAGAAAGCCAACAACACCUACAACAUUGUGGGCACGACGUACGCGCUCAACAUCACCAAGGACCCCGGUCUGCCCACCAUCUCCAAGAGUGCUGCUGCCACUGCCACUGCCACCGUGCCCCCCAAAGGCCCCCGCAUGGAGGAGAAGCCCCCGGAAAGCAAGAAGACCUACAACAGCGUCAGCAAGGUGGACAAGAUGUCACGCAUUGUCUUUCCCGUCCUCUUCGCCAUUUUCAACCUGGUCUACUGGGCCACGUAUGUAAACCGGGAGUCGGCCAUCAAGGGCAUGAUCCCCAAACAAUAACCCAGCCACACAAACCUUCCAUCUGUGAAUGCCAUCCAGGCAGGAAUUCUCCGGGGCUUUCUUCUUCUUCUUUGUUUGAUUUAUUAUUAUUAAUAAUAUUAAUUUGACCAAU